AUGUGCUCUCUGCACACUCUGAAAUACGGCCUCAGCCCCGGCCCUCACGAUACAAACGGCUCGGAGCUAACGAUGAAGCGGCGUGAGUUGACGCUGGCGCCUAGGGGCCUCUUUGUUCCACCCAUAGGAAAGCGGAAGGUGCCUCGGGAUGGCCGCGAGCUGCCGCCCGCCGUGCGGGACUCGAGCUGCGGCCGCGGCCUCCGCGUCRGGUGGCUUUGGUGCUCGGAGAGCCCAUAUGGACGUGUCGAAAGUGUCAAAAUCCUCCCCAAACGGGGGUCGGAAGGGGGCGUGGCCGCGUUUGUGGAUUUUGUGGACAUCAAAAGCGCGCAGAAGGCACACAACUCCGUCAACAAAAUGGGCGACAGAGACCUACGGACGGAUUAUAACGAGCCAGGAACCAUUCCCAGCGCCGCGCGGGGCUUGGAUGAUACAGUUUCCAUAGCAUCUCGUAGUAGAGAGGUUUCUGGGUUCAGAGGAGGUGGCGGGGGGCCCACUUACGGCCCCCCGCCAUCGCUUCAUGCACGGGAAGGACGUUAUGAGCGGAGACUCGAUGGGGCUUCAGAUAACAGGGAGCGUGCUUAUGAACAUAGUGCCUAUGGACACCAUGAACGGGGGACGGGAGGAUUUGAUCGGACRCGGCAUUACGAGCAGGAUUACUAUAGAGAUCCUCGAGAGCGGACUUUGCAGCAUGGGCUCUAUUACACUUCUCGGAGUCGAAGUCCGAACCGUUUUGACGCUCACGACCCCCGUUACGAACCUAGGGCCCGGGAGCAGUUUACAUUGCCCAGUGUGGUACACAGGGAUAUCUACAGGGAUGAUAUUACACGGGAGGUACGAGGCAGAAGGCCGGAGCGGAAUUACCAGCACAGCAGGAGCCGGUCGCCGCACUCGUCGCAGUCGAGGACGCAGUCUCCCCAGCGGCUGGCCAGCCAGGCGGCGAGGCCCGCGCGCUCCCCGAGCGGCAGCGGCUCCAGGAGCAGAUCCUCCAGCAGCGACUCCAUCAGCAGCAGCAGCAGUACCAGCAGCGACAGCAGCGACUCCAGCAGCAGCUCGAGCGACGAGUCCCCAGCGCGGUCGGUUCAGUCGACGGCAGUUCCAGCACCUGCAUCCCAGCUGCUUCCAUCUCUGGAGAAAGAUGAACCCCGCAAAAGUUUCGGGAUCAAGGUUCAAAAUCUUCCGGUUCGCUCUACAGAUACAAGCCUUAAAGAUGGACUUUUCCACGAAUUCAAGAAGUACGGGAAGGUGACGUCGGUGCAGAUCCACGGGGCCUCUGAGGAACGCUACGGGCUGGUGUUCUUCCGACAGCAGGAGGACCAGGAAAAAGCACUAAAUGCCUCCAAAGGAAAACUUUUCUUUGGCAUGCAGAUCGAAGUAACAGCCUGGAUAGGACCAGAAACAGAAAGCGAGAACGAGUUUCGUCCCUUGGACGAAAGGAUAGAUGAGUUUCACCCCAAAGCAACKCGAACUCUCUUCAUCGGCAACCUGGAGAAAACCACCACUUAUCACGACCUCCGCAACAUCUUCCAGCGCUUUGGUGGCAUAGUGGAUAUUGACAUUAAGAAGGUGAACGGUGUUCCUCAGUACGCGUUCCUGCAGUACUGCGAUAUUGCGAGCGUGUGUAAAGCCAUUAAGAAGAUGGAUGGGGAAUACCUGGGCAACAACCGGCUCAAGCUGGGGUUUGGAAAGAGCAUGCCUACCAACUGCGUGUGGUUAGAUGGGCUUUCUACAAACGUUACGGAUCAGUAUUUAACGCGACAUUUCUGCCGCUACGGGCCUGUGGUAAAGGUGGUGUUUGACCGCUUAAAAGGCAUGGCCCUGGUUCUCUACAAUGAGAUUGAAUAUGCACAAGCAGCUGUAAAAGAGACCAAGGGGAGGAAAAUCGGUGGGAAUAAAAUUAAGGUGGAUUUUGCAAACCGGGAAAGUCAGUUGGCAUUUUAUCAUUCCAUGGAGAAAACGGGUCAAGAUAUCAGAGACUUCUAUGAAAUGCUGGCUGAGAGAAGAGAUGAAAGAAGAGGCUCUUAUGAAUAUGCCCCUGAUCGUACUUACUAUGAGACUGUGAGGACUCCAGGAACGUACCCGGAAGAUCCUCGUCGAGAAUACCCGGCUCGAGGCAGAGAAUUUUAUGCAGAAUGGGAUCCCUACCAAGGCGAUUACUACGAUCCACGAUACUACGAUGACCCUCGUGAAUACAGGGAUUACCGAGGUGAUCCGUAUGAGCAGGACAUAAGGGAGUACAGUUACAGACAGCGGGAGCGAGAGAGGGAGAGAGAGCGCUUCGAAUCCGAUCGGGACCGAGAUCACGAGAGGAGACCCAUUGAGCGGAGCCAGAGCCCAACUCACUCCAGGCGCCCGCAGAGUCCCGGCGCGUCUCCCUCGCAGUCGGAAAGGCUGCAGAGCGAUUCCGAGAGGCGGAUCUACAGCAGGUCGUCCGAUCGCAGCGGAAGCUGCAGCUCCCUGUCCCCUCCUCGAUACGACAAGCUCGACAAAGCCCGCGUGGAGCGCUACGCCAAAAACGAGAAGACGGAGAAGGAGCGGGGGUUYGAGCAGGAGAGAGCCGACAAGGACAAACGCUUGGUGAGGAAGGAGAAGCCAGAAAAGCUGGAAAAGGACAAGGCCGACAAGCAGAAACGAAAAGCAAAAAUCCACUCGCCCAGCUCUCAGUCUUCAGAAACGGAUCAAGAGAACGAGAGAGAGCCCAGCCCUGAAAAACUGAAGGGCAACAGUAAACAGAGUAAAGAGAGAGGUGACAAAGAAGGGGCAGCAAAAAACCGCCUGGAACUCAUGCCCUGUGUGGUGUUGACACGAGUGAAGGAGAAGGAAGGGAAAGUUAUUGAUCAGUCUGCUUUGGAGAAGCUGAGAGCGAAGCUCGAUAAUGACACUAUGAAGUCUCCACUUCUCGAACAGAAAACACAGACAUCUCAAGCUGAGCAAACAGCCAAGUCUGAUCAGUCAAAACUGGAACCUGUCAGACCUAAGGUACAAAAAGAGAAAGCCCUUGCCAGUCAUGUAGAAGUGGUUGAUAAGGAGGGGAAAAUAAAACCCAAAAAGCACUUGAAGGCGGAGCAAGCUUCUGAGGGGGCCAACGCGGUGGAUUUGGAUAAGCUGGAGGCUCGCAAAAGGCGCUUUGCCGAUGCAAACUUGAAGGCUGAAAGGCAAAAACUGGAAGCCAAAAGAAGCAGUCAGGAUGAGGAAGAUUCGCGCGCAGUUUUGAAGAAACAACUUGAUGCGACAGCUUCAUCUCGAGAAGCUGGAAUGUUACGGGAAGGUGAAUUGGAAAGAAAACCCCUGAGAAAAGAGCUGCUUAAAAGGGAAUCUAAAAAGCUCAAACUGGAAAGACUCAUUCCUGUUACUAGUCCCAAAGAAGUUCAGGAGACUCUUAAUGUUGCUGGGAUUGGCUUGCGUCCCACUCCAGAUCUGCAGGCUCGGCUUAUGGACACAGCCGAUGAACCUGUGGAGAUCCAAGAACUCCCUCCUAAAAAAAUGAAUCCAGGAAAAGCCCAGCAUAAACAAAUCCAGCUACUAGAUGACCAAGGAGUGGAGAGGGAGGACACGAGGAAGAAUUACUGCGGUCUGCCUGAAGACGCACCUGACCAUAAACUCAGCCAAGAAAAAGCUCAGUCAGCUGAUACAGAGGAGAAAAUUGGCAUUGACAUUGACCAUACUCAGAGUUACAGAAAACAAAUGGAGCAGAGCCGUAGAUUGAAGCAGCAGCUGGAGAUGGAGAUCGCCAAGUCAGAGAAGUUUGGCAGUCCAAAGAAAGAUGUAGACGAAUACGAGAGACGGAGCUUGGUCCAUGAGGUGGGGAAACCUCCGCAGGACGUCACCGAUGACUCUCCGCCCAGUAAGAGGAAAAAGACCGACCAGUUUGAUUUUGAAAUCAGCACUAAAAGAGAAAGAAACUACAGGAGUUCUCGCCAGGUGAGCGAAGAUUCUGAAAGGACGUCCUGUUCCCCGAGUAUCCGACACUUUCCUUUUCAYGAGGACGAUGACACGCUCGAUUCUCCCAGGCUAAUGCCAUUAAAGGAAACCAAAGAGUCGCCUAAAAUAGAAGAAAAGGGUCUUUCAUACCCCAACAUGACGGUAAGGGAGGACUCUCUGAAAUUCAAUCCKUACGAUUCCAGCAGAAGGGAGCAGAUGGCAGAAAUGGCUAAAAUAAAACUCUCCGUGCUGAGUUCCGAAGAUGACCCCAAUAGAUGGGAAACACAAGUGAAACAAGAGCCCAGCAGAGUAGAUAUUAGCUUUCCAAGCAGCAUUGUGAAAAGAGACAGCAUCCGAAAGCGCUCCCUGCGAGACCUGGAGCCGGGGGAAGUGCCUUCGGACUCUGAUGAAGACAGCGAACACAAGUCCCAUUCUCCUAAAGCCUCCUCCUUAUUAGAGAGUUCCAGAUUAUCUUUUUUAUUAAGGGACAGAGAGGAGAAGUUACGUGAGAGAGAGGAAAGACUGUCAACUUCUUUAGAAAGGAACAAAUUCUACUCUUUUGCAUUGGACAAGACAAUCACACCGGACACGAAAGCCUUGCUUGAAAGAGCGAAAUCUCUGUCAUCCUCCCGAGAGGAAAACUGGUCUUUUCUAGACUGGGAUUCAAGGUUUGCUAGUUUUAGAAACAAUAAAGACAAAGAGAAGGUUGACUCAGCUCCGCGACCUAUUCCAUCUUGGUAUAUGAAAAAGAAAAAAAUCAGGACUGAUUCAGAAGGUGGAAAACUGGAUGAUAAGAAAGAAGAUCAUAAAGAAGAGGAACAGGAGAGACAGGAACUGUUUGCUUCCCGAUUUUUGCAUAGCUCCAUCUUUGAACAGGACUCUAAGCGCUUGCAGCAUUUAGAGAGGAAAGAUGACGACCUUGACUUCAUUUCUGGUAGGUUGUACGGGAGACAGUCUUCCUCGGAUGGGACUAACAGCGCGUCUGAUCUGGUGCAAGAACCGGUUGUUCUUUUCCACAGUCGAUUUAUUGAACUGACAMGAAUGCAGCAAAAGGAAAAGGAGAAGGAUCAAAAACCGAAAGAAGUGGAAAAGCAGGAAGAGAAAGAAAAUCGGCCAAAGACCCCCGAAGUGGUUCCUGAUAGCAAAGAGUCGGAACAUAAAACUUCCUCGGUGGUUGGUCCUUCUUCGGUCASUGUAACGUCGCAGGAACCAGUGCCACUUGCUUCUGAGAAGGCUGCAAGUGAAAAAAUCGUAGCAGAUACAGCUUCUGUAAAAGAAGAGAAGGCUCCCGACCCUGUUUCUACAGCAGAAGAACAAAAACCAGUUCCUGAAAUUGCUGUUCCUCUCAAACUUGAACCACCUGAGCAAACAGAACCCGCGGCAGCUGUAGACGUUAGUAAGGAAGUUGUUCCUGCAACUCUGGUGUCGGAGGAAGACGCCGCGUCCACGGAGCACCCUUCGUACUUGGACACAAAACCUCCCACGCCAGGAGCGUCGUUUUCCCACACGGAUAUCAACGUAGAUCCGGAACCUGAAGGGACCCCGUUGAUUUCGCCUCCUCUUAAACUCGCUCAGAAGUCCGAAGAGAUCAUUGAACCUAAAGAAGAAAAUCCUCUACUUUCUGACAACGCCGAUGCUAGCGCAGGUCAGAAGGCAGAGGCGGCUGCUGAGGUCCUGCCACCGGUUUCUGACAACGACAUGGAAGUUGAACCUCCAGUUGUUGUGAAAGACAAGAAGUCUUACAAGAGCAAACGCUCCAAGACUCCUGUCCAGGCAGCUGCGGCUGCUGUCACGGAAAAGCCCGUGACAAGGAAAAGCGAACGGAUUGACCGGGAAAAGCUCAAACGAUCGAGCUCUCCUCGUGGGGAAACGCAGAAACUCGCAGAACUGAAAGUGGAGGCAGAGAAGGUUUCGAGGAACGCUGCUAAAUCCCCCAGUUCUGCUGCAGAGCCGGAGAACGUGGAGCCGAGUUUGCCGAUAGGCCGAACGAGGCGCAGGAACGUGAGGUCUGUUUAUGCUACCACGGGGGACAACGAGGGUCCGUCUCCCAUCAAGGACUCGGUGGAGGUCACGAGAUCCACCAGGAAGAGAGGGGAAAAGGAACCCCAGGAAACGGUGACGACCGUUCCUACUACCCCGAGAAGAGGGAGACCGCCCAAAACACGCCGCAAGCCGGAGGAGGACAUCUCUCCGAUAAAGGCAGAAGCGGCGCAACCGGAACCCGAGGAGCCCGAAGCUAAAGAAGCUGUGGAGACCCCCAAGCCCGCGGAGGGGUGGAGGUCUCCUCGAUCCCAGAAGGUAACRCACAGCCACUCGUCAGCUGCUACCAGCCAGCAGGGAAAGAAGGGGAAAAACGAACCGAAAGCCGAGGCUGCGCUGGAAUCGGAAGAUGCUGCUGAACGAGCCGCGCAGGAGUCGAGCGGUGGCGAAAGCAGCAAUAAAGCCAAAACAGCCGAGAAGGAGGCGGCCGCCAGCGAGCAGAAACGAGAGAAGAAGGAGCUCGAUGCAGAGAAGAACCAGCUAGAAAUGCCCGUGAUUGAGGUCAUCGAGAAGAAGCCGGCGCCAGAAAAGGUGACAAAAUCCAAAAGGGGAAGAUACAAAAACACCAAGACUGUUGUAGAUAAGGCCUCCUUAUGUCUAAAAAACGUGGAAAUACGGCUCAACGUCGACGAGGUGAAGGGCGCCUUGCGGCCAAGUGAGGAGGAAUCAGAGCCUGUGGCAGUGUCACCGGCCAAAAUCAAAAGCCCCCCAAAAGAGGACGUGUUGCCUCCGCAUUUUGCGAAGGCUGAGGUGGAGGAUCCAUUCCAAGAAACGGAAAAAGAAGCGCUGCGGGAAGCGAAGCAGUGCCCGGAGGCCGCCCAGCUGGCCAAGCAGAUAGAACUCGAGCAGGCCGUGGAGAACAUUGCCAAGCUCACGGAGACGCCCCCGGCAAUCCCUGCCUACAAGGAGCCCCCGGCGGACGUGGCCGAAGUCCGCCCGGAGGAGGAGGGGGACAAACCUGCGCACCAGGCCAGCGAGACGGAGCUGGCCGCCGCCAUCGGCUCCAUCAUCAACGAUAUUUCCGGGGAGACGGAAACUUUUCCUGCGCCCCCRACUUACCCCGCCGAGUCGGAAGCGGAAAUCCCUACGGAGCCGCUGGUGUUGCCGUCGCCGCGGGAGGAAAUGGAGCCGGAAACGGACCAGGCAGUUAACAACAUCUUGGAAACAGAAGCGGCGGUGGAGGCCGCGGUGCAGCCGGGCGCYGCGGCGGAGGCUGAGGGCAAGGAGGCCGACGUCAGCUUCAGCGAGUCCUCCAACUCGGCCCAGGAGACGGAAACCUUGCAGGAAGCAGAAGUUGCUCGGAAGGAAAAGGGCCGCCAAAAGAGCACCCGGCAGAGGCGUAAGAGGAGCAUGGGCAGGAAAGGAGACGCCGCCGAGGUCAGCGCGUUUGAGCCUGAGAGGGUGCAGAGCAAGUCCCCCGCUUCCAGCGAAGCGAAGGCGAAACCCGAGGAAGCCUUGAAGGAYGACAGGCCAACCAAGAGCUCUGCUCAGAUGUCUCCGGAGGCGAGUCCUGCCGAUGGCAGCAAGGGCGCUGACGCUGCGGCUGCGCACGAGGCCGUGCUCGAGGGCAGCGCGUCUCCAACAGCACCGGCACCGGCUCCUCUGGAGCUGGCGGCACCGGCAGCUCCCGCCGACGAGGGCAGCCAGGCGGAGUUCAAGGUACGGUCGCCUGUGGAGAAUGCGCCCGUCACCCCGCCGGGCGCUCCCGCUGCAGCCCUUCCYGCUGCCCCUUCGGCUGCCGCCGCCAAGCUGCCCGCCCCGGUGCCACCCGCCUUCGUCCCCCUGCAUUCCGGUGCCGCCAAGGUGCCCGAGUGGAUGGUGCGGCACGAGGAGCCGCGCACCCGCUCCACGCCUCCGCCCGCCCUCCCGCCGGAUACAAAAGCGUCCGAUAUCGACAGCAACUCGAGCACGUUGAGGAAGAUUCUCAUGGAGCCCAAGUACGUCUCGGCGACGAGCAUCGCUUCCACGCACGUGACGACGACGCACGCGGAGCCGGUGAGCGCGCCGCGCCUGGAGGAGGCGCCUCCGCACCCCGCCGCGGAGGCCACCAAGCCCGUUUCGGAGGAGAAGCCGGCGGUGCCCGUGGCCAACGCGCUGGACCCGCCGGCGGCCGAAGCCCCGCUCUUCGGCGAGAAGGAGAAGCUGAGCACCGUCAUCGCCCCCAAGGCUACCUCCGUCAUAAGCAGGAUGCCACACAGCGUGGAGCUGGAGGAGGCCCCGAGGAUCACCUUGGUGAAGCAAGCGCCCCAGGGCCAGAGCUGUCUCGUUAACGCUCCCUCGCCGAAAUUUAAGCAGAGGUCAAGCGCGAACGAUAACAGUCGGUUUCAUCCGGGCUCUAUGUCUGUCAUUGAAGAUAGGCCUGUAGAGACUGGCUCCAGCCCGGGCCUGCGGGUGAACACCUCGGAGGGUGUGGUGCUGCUCAGCUACUCGGGGCAGAAGACGGAGGGUCCCCAGCGCAUCAGUGCCAAGAUCAGUCAGAUCCCCCCCGCCAGCGCCGUGGACAUCGAGUUCCAGCAGUCUGUGUCCAAAUCGCAGAUUAAACAGGAGCCCAUCGCGCCAGCGCAGGCGGCGCCGAAGGGCUCCCAGGCUUCCGCGGGCUACGGGACCGUUUCCACGCAUUCCUCGCUGGUCCUGGGCACGCAGCCCUACAACACGUCGCCCGUGAUCUCCUCCAUUAAGCAGGAGCGCGUGGCCUUGGAGAAGGCCGACGCGUCGCACCUGGCUGCGCMGCCGCCGGCGGCGCAGCCGGGGGCCGGGAAGGUCCUCGCGCAGCCUGGGAACACUCCGCCCGUGCUCGUCCACAGCCAGAUGGUUGUGAACAAGAAACUGCCCGAUGCCGCCGCGCUCAAAGCGGAGAGCAAGACUCUGCAGCCCUCCAGCUUGAGUCCCGGCGUGAGCCCCCAUCACCCGUCGCUGUCGGGGAAGAUGCACUCGGAGGCCAACCACGUGAGCUCGGGGCCCGGCACCCCCACGGAGCGGGCCAUUUCCCACCUGGGCGUCGCGAAGCAGGAGCCGCACUCGCCGCGCACCAGCGGCCACUCGCCGUCGCCCUUCCCGCGUGCCUGCCAUCCCGGCAGCACGGCGGCGCCGGCCUUGCCGAGCAGCACGCCGGUGAUGCUGGCGCCGGGCCUCUCCGUGCCGCCCUACAUCUCGGGCAUGCACCCGGAGCAGUCGGUCAUCAUGCCGCCGCACAGCGUCACGCAGACCGUGUCGCUGGGCCACCUGGCGCAGGGCGAGGUGCGCAUGAGCACGCCUCCUCUCUCGGGCAUUGCCUACGGCAUGCGCCCUGAGGCGCUGCACUCGCCCCGGACGGCCCUGCAGCCGCAGAUGGAGAUGAAGCCGCAGCGGUCGAGCACGCCGCAGCCGGCCCCCAUGCGGGACAUGGUGAUGGCGCCGCUGCCGGCGCAGCACCCGCCCGAGGAGGAGCUGCACUUCCACCACGGCGCCGUGUGCCGCGCGCCGGCGCCCGGCCAGUCCGACGUGCUGGUCAUGCAGCCCGACUACCGGCUGCACGCGCCGGGCAUGCGGCUCGAGCAGUACAACGUGGCGCGCGACGUGCGCAUGAUGAUGCACCCCCACAUGGCGCCCGUGGGCGAGCACCACGCGGACGGCAGGCAGGCCCGCACGCCCGACGGCGCCGGCAAGACGCCCCCCGCCAGCAAGACGCCGCAGCCGGGCAAGGAGGCGCCCAAAGCCGCCGAGGGCAAGAUGGCCCCGGCGCCGCACGGCGAGACGCGGCUGCUGAGCGUCGCAGCGGGCGGCCAGCUGCCCGCGCUGCCGCUCGCGCAGCCCGUGGUGGUGCCGCACGGCGUGCAGCUCAUGCACCCCGCGGGCGGCUCCUUCCACGACUACCGCUCCGUGUACGGGGACAUGAGGAACUACCACGCGGCGGCGCAGCUCGGGCACCCGCAGUUCGCCGGCGCRGCGCCCAUGGGGCUGCCCUCGCGCAGCAUGACGCCCUCGCAGAGCCUGCCCGAGGGUGAGCACGCACCGGGCCGCAGCAAGACGCCGCAGGAGCCCAAGGGCCCGGCGGCAGCACCGGCGCCCGAGCAGAGCCACCACGCGCCCGUGAGCCGGCACGCGGCGCCCAUGGAGCCCCACGUGCACCUGCAGCGGGCGCCGGCGGACGCRGGCCAGACCUCGUACCCUUCACCCGUCGCUGUCUCCGUAAAGCAGGAGCUGCCGUCGCCGCACCAGCCCCCGGCGGUGCCCAAGCAGUCGCUGUUCAUCCCCACGACGUCCGGCGCCGGGGCCCUCGCCCUGAACCGCCCUGAGGCCCAGUCUGCUCUCAAACAGGAGCCGUCUCCUCACCCUGUUGCGCAGAGACCCGUGGAYAUGGUUCAGCUCCUGACAAAAUACCCCAUCGUGUGGCAGGGCCUCCUGGCGCUGAAGAACGACACGGCCGCCGUCCAGCUGCACUUCGUCUCCGGCAACAACGUGCUGGCGCACCGCUCRCUGCCCGCGCCCGAGGGCGGCCCGCCGCUGCGCAUCGCCCAGCGCAUGCGCCUCGAGGCCUCGCAGCUCGAGGGCGUCGCGCGCAGGAUGAUGGUGGAGAGCGAUUACUGCCUUUUACUGGCCUUGCCUUGCGGACGAGACCAGGAAGACGUCGUGAAUCAGACAGAGUCWCUUAAGGCUGCGUUCAUCAGCUACCUGCAGGCCAAACAGGCUGCAGGGAUCAUCAACGUUCCCAACCCUGGCUCUAAUCAGCCAGCCUACGUUCUGCAGAUAUUCCCACCCUGUGAAUUCUCGGAGAGCCACCUGUCCCGUCUCGCCCCAGACCUCCUCGCCAGCAUCUCGAACAUCUCUCCUCACCUGAUGAUUGUCAUCGCGUCCGUAUGAGCUGUUUACCGGUUACAGACUUUUCCA